GCGUACACAACAGCUGAUCAAGUUUUUAGUUGAAUAAACGUGUGCGAUAGCUAAACGAAACUAACGAAGGCAAAUGGUUUUUAUUUUAAAUUAAAGAAAAGUAAAGUACGAUAAUGGCGGGUCGUGGUAGGGGUGGAAAAACAGGCACUUUAACAGCCGAGCAAAUGGCCAUGCUCGGCUGCACAAAGGAUUUGCCGGUCCAAACAGCGCCGCCUCCAACGUUUCCCCCUAUUUUGAACAGGCCCACUACAUUAGAGACAACCGCCACGCAAAACUACCAGCUGCUCUGGAAGGAGGAUUUCCUGAAUCGUAUGCGUGAUUCCCCCUACUAUAUUAUAUCUGCCAGCCAGGAGUCGAAAAAUGUAGAACACAAGGACUGGCGAGAGAAAGCCAUGGAGCGCAUGAAGCUCAAAGCACAGCCUGAAUUUAAUUAUAAAGCCAUGCCCCAGGAACUAAACAUUUCCAGUCGCAAACGACGUGGUGCGGAUGCACGCCCCAAGCUUUUAGCCAAGAAGACCAAUAUCGAGGAUAGGCUGAAGGUGCUGGAACAGAAGGAACUUAAGUCUGGCGGCGGCGAACAGGAUGAAAUCAAGCAGGAAUCCGAUUCCGAGCAGGAGGAGGAGCAGGAAGAUCCAGAGGCGGCAUUGGACGACGAGAUGGACGAGGAUAACGAUUAUGGGGCGACCUACUUCGAUAACGGAGAAGCCUUUAAUGAUGAGGACGACAAUUUGGAUGAUGGUCCCGUGUACUGAGCUAAAUAAAAACUAUCGAACUGAA